UCCGGGCAAAACACACACACAAAAACCAAACCUACCCCGAAAAGGCUCGAAAAAAAGGAAACCUUUUUAAUGAAAAAGGAGGGAGCAGAGACAAGAGGAAGAUUCGCCAUAGGGUUUUGUCUCCUCCUCCUCCUCCUCCGUCGAAUUCGUAUGAACACUUGAUCAAAUAAAAGAGGGCGUGGAAGUGGACGGUGAGGAAUUGAAUUGUUGUGUGUGUAAUUCAGCAGACAUGGCGGUUGCGACGAAGACGAAGGCACAUCAAUCGUCUCGGAGUUGGGUAAGCAUAGUGGGGACGGGAGAGAGUGAGGCGCUCGAUGUUGAUAAGUAUGCUAUCAUGCACCGUGUCCAGAUCCACGCUCGUGAUCUUCGCAUUCUUGACCCCAAUCUCUCUUACCCCUCCACUAUUCUUGGCCGUGAGCGAGCCAUUGUCCUCAAUUUGGAGCAUAUCAAGGCGAUUAUCACUUCCGAAGAGGUUUUGCUUAGGGAUCCAACAGAUGAACAUGUUAUUCCCGUUGUGAAGGAGCUCGAAAGACGCUUACCUGUUGGUAACGAGGAACACCAUGGUCAUGGAGAUGGGAAAGAGACCUCAAAUCCACAUAACGACGCCGAUGCUGCUGCUGAAGAAGAUGAAUCUCCGUUUGAGUUUCGGGCGUUGGAAGUUUUCUUGGAAGCAAUCUGUAGCUUCUUAGCUGCGAGAACAACAGAGUUAGAAACAGCUGCUUAUCCUGCUUUGGAUGAACUUACCUCAAAGAUUAGUAGCCGUAACUUGGAUAGAGUUCGGAAGCUGAAGAGUGCCAUGACUCGGUUGACAGCUCGAGUUCAAAAGGUAAGAGAUGAGCUGGAGCAGUUGCUGGAUGAUGAUGAUGACAUGGCCGAUCUUUACCUUUCGAGGAAACUCUUUAGCGCUUCCUCGGCGUCCACUAGUCCAAAUUACUAUCUCACUUCCCCAACGAUAGGCUCUAAGAUCUCAAGAGCGAGCAGAGCGAGUCUAGCAACAGUUCGUGGGGAUGAAAAUGAUGUCGAAGAGCUUGAGAUGUUGCUCGAGGCAUACUUCAUGCAAAUCGACAGCACUUUGAACAGAUUAACAACACUACGUGAGUAUAUCGAUGACACUGAGGAUUACAUCAACAUCCAGUUAGACAAUCAUCGUAAUCAGCUGAUUCAGCUGGAGCUUGUGUUGAGUUCUGGAACCGUUUGCUCAUCGUUUUACUCUCUGGUCGCUGGAAUUUUCGGGAUGAACAUUCCGUACACAUGGAACAAUGACCAUGGAUACAUGUUCAAAUAUGUUGUGAUGGGGACAGGGAUGUUUUGUGUAAUCUUGUUCGUGUUCAUAAUGUCGCAUGCUCGGUACAAAGGUCUUGUGGGAUCUUGAUGGGUAAAUGAAGUUAAGAGAGAUACUGCAGAAGCAUUGAGACUUCUUGUGUAUUUGUAAAGAUGGGCGUGACUCUUCUCUAUACAUCAUUUAUUUACAGUUAAUAUAUCAUAUAAACCAAAGUUCUUUUUAUAAGCCAACAAGUUUUGGCUCAAUAUAUGUGUUAUGUGGUUGCUA